AUGAAGCUCUCCAUCGUUGUACUGGGCACUGUGUUGGGAACAGCUCUGGCUGGUAUGCCAACUAUUGUCGCGAAGGGAUCCAAAUUUUUCUACAGCAACAAUGGCACCCAAUUCUUCAUUCGCGGCAUUGCUUACCAGCAGGAACACACGGGCACAGGCGACACGAAAUAUUCCGACCCCCUUGCGGAUCCAUCGGCUUGCAAGCGUGACAUCCCAUAUUUCACCAAGCUGCGCACCAAUGUGAUUCGGACAUAUGCCGUCGACCCAUCCAAAAACCACGAUGAGUGCAUGAAAAUGCUCGCUGAUGCCGGCAUCUACCUCAUCUCUGACCUCUCCUCUCCGACCGAAUCCAUCGAGCGGGGAAACCCCAAAUGGGAUCUUGAUCUCUACAAGCGGUAUACAAAUGUGAUUGACGCAUUCGCAAAGUAUGACAAUGUUAUUGGAUUUUUCACCGGAAAUGAGGUUGCCAAUGCCAAGGAGAACACGGCAGCCAUUGCCUUCGUCAGGGCAGCAGUCCGAGAUAUGAAGGCCUACAUCAAGCAGAAGAAGUACCGCGACUCAUUAGCAAUCGGAUACUCUACCGAUGACGAUCAGUCAGUUCGUGCCGAGGUCGCAGAUUACCUGGUCUGUGGAGACAAGGACAGCCAGAUUGAUAUGUUCGGCUACAAUAUCUAUGAAUGGUGUGGGAAGUCUUCCUUCAAGGAGUCUGGCUACGAGGAACGUACCAAGGAAUUUUCCAAUUACCCCGUUCCCGCCUUCUUCUCGGAAUACGGAUGCAACAAUCCUCGACCUCGGCCAUUUGAUGAUGUUCCAGUGCUCUAUAGCGACCAAAUGAAUGAUGUCUGGAGCGGCGGCAUCGUGUACAUGUACUUCCAGGAGGAUAACGACUAUGGCCUGGUCACCCUGGAUAAGUCGAAAAUCAACACCAUGUCGGACUUCAACAGUUUGUCGUCUCAAAUUCAGAAGGCGACCGCAACGGGUGUGAAAAGUGCCGACUACCGCCCGACUGCCAGUGCGCGAACCUGCCCCAAGGUUGGGGACGAUUGGCAGGCCAACGCCCAAGACCUUCCACCAGCCCCCAAUGCCGAUCUCUGCGGGUGUAUGGAAGAAGGUCUCACAUGCGUUGUCAAGGACUCAGUGUCGGAACAGGAGUAUGGAAAACUUUUCGGAAUGAUCUGCGGCAAUGAAGGUGUCUGUGAUGGGCUGGCCCGUGAUGCAAUUAAAGGAAAGUUCGGUGCCUACGGCAUGUGCAGUGCCCGGCAGCAACUCUCGUUUGUCCUCAACCAAUAUUACCAGCAACAGAGCAAGGAAAACCGGGCUUCGGCGUGCGACUUCAAGAGAGCCGCCUCCACCAAAAAGGCGAUCAAGCCCACAGGCACCUGCUUGUCGCUGCUGGGACUGGCCGGUUCUGCUGGUACCGGUACAGUCUCGUCGAAGCCAACCGGUAGUGGCACUGGCAGUGGUAGUGGCAGCGGUAGUCACAGUAGCAGCUCCACCACAUCGGACUCUGCUGCUGGGCUCAUGGUAGCACCUCGAUCGGUUCAGGCUGGUGCUUGGCAAAUCGGGGCCUACUUGGUGACGGCGAUGGUGGCAGGUUUUGGCAUGAUCUUCUUGUGA